UAUAGGUAUUCAUUUUUAUUGGAGAUUUUUUCAUGCCGUCAUUUUUUUUCUCCUUUCUAUUGGUUGAAAUUACUUUCAAUCUCCUCCAUACCCUGGCUUCUUGUCGCCCACUGAAAACAGAACAAGGUAGUAAGAAUACGGUACAAUAGGUUAUUGUCUGUAGCAGGUUGAAGGGAUAGAGCGAGUGUGACUGUAGAGGUCGGGUUUAGGUUAACAGGGUUAAAGUCUGUUUGUCACUCUUCAAAUUUUUUUAGCCAAGACUCAAGAGAACUGCCGCACAUGUUCACGCGAUUAUUUAAUUAGCAGGGCAGAGCCGAGUUUGGUUUUUUUGCAGAUCGAGCGAAAGAACGGUGUGUGUGGGGCGAGAACGCCGGGGGUGACUCCAGACAUCGUGUGUUUUUGUGAUUAUUAUUAUUUGUACCACUUCAACAUUCAACAUUCAACUGCUGCUGGUCUUCCAGGGGAUCCACUGUACAUUAUGAAUUACCCCAUGCAGUAAGAGGGCGAUAAAGAGAACAUGAUAGAGAGGAAGAGCUGAAGAACAGAAAAUGAAUAAUCUUUCCUUUAGUGAGCUGUGUGGCCUGUUUUGUUGCCCUCCGUGUCCUAGCAAGAUUGCCUCAAAACUCGCUUUCCUGCCACCCAACCCCACGUACACCCUGAUGUGUGAUGAGAGCGGCAGCCGGUGGACUCUGCACCUCUCGGAACGAGCAGACUGGCAGUACUCAGCCAGGGAAAAAGAUGCCAUUGAGUGCUUCAUGACCAGGACCAGUCGAGGAAACAGAGUAGCCUGUAUGUUUGUUCGCUGUUCCCCAAAUGCCAAGUUUACCCUGCUCUUCUCCCACGGGAAUGCUGUGGACUUGGGUCAGAUGAGCAGCUUUUACAUCGGACUCGGCUCUCGAAUAAACUGCAAUGUCUUCUCCUACGAUUAUUCUGGGUAUGGAGCAAGUUCUGGGAAGCCAUCAGAGAAAAACCUCUAUGCAGACAUUGAUGCUGCCUGGCAGGCACUCAGGACACGAUACGGUAUCCGCCCUGAAAAUGUGAUCAUAUAUGGCCAGAGUAUAGGAACAGUACCAUCGGUGGACCUUGCUGCACAGUAUGAGAGUGCAGCUGUCAUUCUGCAUUCUCCCCUGACCUCCGGAAUGAGGGUAGCUUUUCCAGAUACAAGGAAGACAUAUUGUUUUGAUGCAUUUCCAAACAUUGACAAAAUUUCUAAGAUUACCUCUCCAGUAUUGAUUAUCCACGGAACAGAAGAUGAAGUCAUUGAUUUUUCACAUGGACUAGCACUAUAUGACCGCUGUCAAAGACCAGUGGAGCCGUUAUGGGUGGAAGGAGCUGGCCAUAAUGACGUGGAGCUCUAUGGACAGUACCUUGAAAGAUUAAAACAGUUUGUUGCACAUGAGCUGGUGAAUUUGUAAAAAUAAAAAAGGACUUUAAAAUGUUCUGUAACUGUGAAUUUGUUUUGUUUCAUUGAUGUAUGUUUCUUCUCAUUUAUGGACUGUACAUAUCAAUGUGGUAAAUAAGCUGUAAACCUGAGGGGUUUGUUUGUAAAUCAAGUUUGCUGCCUUUUAAGAAAUGUACGAGUUAUGAUUUACAAACAUUAAUAAUGAAGGUUUAUUUAAAAAAAAAAAAAAAAUGCUGGAAUACUAUAUUGCAGUCAGUCUAUAACUAGUUUCUGUACUUGAUUCAAAGUAAGGUAAGCAAUUUUGUUACAUUUCUGUGAAUACUUAACUGAAAUUGUAUUACAUAACAUUUAGAAAGUACUGUAUACAAUUAUAAUAUUAAUUCAGAAAAUUGCUGUGCAAGUGUUGCCAAAUGUUCAGCAAAUUUAUACAGAAACAUUUUUAAAACAUCACAAGUAAGCUUAAAUGUUUGUUUUUUUUCAAAGAUUUUGUUUUACUAAAUAAUAAUAAUAAUAAUAAUAAUAAUUCAGUCAGCUUAAAGUUUACUUUUCUUUCUCAGACCACUCUUUAAAUGUUGGAUGAAUUUGAAGGCAUAACAACAUACAGCUUGGUUAGUAACCUAGCUAGUUUUUUUGCCACUCUGUUAGACUUUUUUUUUUGUAUUUAGUUUUUUUAGUUAGGAAAUAUAAGUGAAGAAGAUGCUAAUCGUUUGUAGGUGCGGACGAAUCCAUACAGUCCUCUGGCUGUAAAUGAAUUGCUGUAAUAUGCUGUUUACUUUGUAGAUCGAAAUGGAGAAAACACAUUCUCUCAGCUUUUUCAACUUGUAAAUAAUGUAGUCUUUCUACUUUACAGUUUUAUUUCCUCCUUGUAUGUUUUGCUGACAUAUUUGUAAAUCAAGUUUCUUUUAAAACAGGGUGGGUAACAAAAUUAGUAUUUAUCCUGCCCAAUGUAGUUAUUUUUUAUUUUUUGUGUAAGCUACCUUUCAUUACAAAGGAGCUUUGCUUGUAAAACACUAAUAAAUACAAUGUUAAACUCUU